CUCUUUAGGCCUUGAAAGGAAAACAUUAAGACUUUGCAUUUUGCUCUCAGUUCAGUUAAGCAACUAUGGAAAUAGAAAACAAGCAAGUUUAUGUUAACCCUGCAGAACUCGAUAAUCUAAGCGAUGCUCCAUUUUCUGGUGAUGAAGAAAAUGGUGGGUCUGAGGAUCACAAGACUGAAAUCAAUGGAAAUUGGAUUCCUGCAACUUCAAUUACUGAAGCUAAAAUAAAUGCUAGAGCAAAAAGACGAUUGAGGAAAAAUUCUUCUCGAGAUUCUGGAAGAGGAGACUCUGUUAGUGACAAUGGAGAGACACUGAAGACUGGAGUGGUUGCACCAACAAGCCCGAAGGGGAAAGUCCUGGAUAGGCGAUCCCGCUCUGGAAAGGGAAGGGGUCUGCCAAAGAAAGGUGGAGCAGGUGGUAAAGGAGUUUGGGGAACACCAGGUCAAGUGUAUGAUGUGGAAGAAGUAGAUAUUAAGGAUCCUAAUUAUGAUGAUGACCAGGAGAACUGUGUCUACGAAACAGUAGUUUUGCCUCUGGAUGAAAGAGCAUUUGAGAAAACUCUAACACCAAUCAUACAGGAAUAUUUUGAGCAUGGAGAUACUAAUGAAGUUUCGGAAAUGCUGAAGGAUUUAAAUCUUGGUGAAAUGAAAUACAGUGUGCCAGUGCUGGCUGUUUCCUUGGCAUUGGAGGGGAAGGCUAGUCACAGGGAAAUGACUUCUAAGCUCCUCUCUGACCUUUGUGGGACAGUAGUGAGCAAAACUGACGUGGAAAAAUCAUUUGAUAGACUACUUAAAGAUCUACCUGAAUUGGUUUUGGAUUCUCCCAAAGCACCACAGCUGAUGGGCCAGUUUAUUGCUAGAGCUGUUGGAGAUGGGAUUUUAAGCAGUACCUACAUAGAUGGCUACAAAGGCACCGUGGAUUGCACCCAAGCUCGAGCUGCACUCGACCGAGCUACUGUGUUGCUGAGCAUGACCAAGGGUGGAAAGCGCAUAGACAACGUGUGGGGGUCAGGAGGUGGCCAGCAGUCUGUGAAACACCUUGUGAAAGAGAUUGAUAUGUUGCUGAAGGAAUAUUUGCUUUCUGGAGACGUGUUGGAAGCUGAACGUUGUCUUCAGGAGCUGGAAGUGCCCCACUUCCACCAUGAACUUGUAUAUGAAGCAGUGGUGAUGGUUUUGGAAUCAACUGGGGAAAAGACUUUUAAAAUGAUACUGGAUUUGUUGAAAUCUUUGUGGAGAUCUUCAGUCAUUACUGUGGACCAAAUGAAGAGGGGCUAUGAACGAGUUUACUGUGAAAUCCCAGAUAUUAACCUGGAUGUGCCACACUCCUAUUCUGUGCUUGAGCGGUUUGUAGAAGAAUGCUUCCAGGCUGGGAUAAUCCCCAAACCACUGAGAGACCUCUGUCCUUCAAGGGGCAGGAAGCGUUUUGUGAGUGAAGGAGAUGGAGGUCGUCUUAAACUAGAAAGUUACUGAAUGUGAAAACCAACUCCUGAAGCCUUAAAAGUUUAAAGGAGAAAAAGAUAUAUA